UGUAAAUUUGUUCUAGGUUUGGCGUUGAGAUAAUUUUAUUUUACAUUUUAAUGCUAUAAAAUAAAUUAAAACGUAAAUUAACGGCAUUUAAAAUGUCCUUAGUAAAUUAUGGUGUAUUUCAGGUUAAUUAACUGCCAUGGCUCAAUACUAUCAAAUAGCUGUUGGGCAAGGACAUCAAUUAACCCUAGAGGAUUUGCAAAGAUACUGUCCAAAUAUAUGUUUAGAUGGCAGAAUUGUAGUAAAUCAGGAUGACCAGCAGUAUGGCCAACAAGUUGUAGUACAACAAGCAGAUCAGGGAAAUGAAAUUAUAGUUAGUGAAGGUGUGCAAGUUCAGCCACAAUUAGUUGUCAGUGAGGGAUUGCCGUAUCAACAACAAUAUAUAAUUCGACAUGACCAGCCUCCACCACCGCCACCGCCUCCUCCACCCAACAGGCCUGAAUUUCAACAACAACAGUCCCAGGGUCAUCAGCAACAAACACUCCUUAGACACCAGGUAUACUACACAUCUGAUUUACCCGUGGAUACACAAGUUGUGUUGCAACAUGCCCCCCAAAUUGUUGAUGCAUCAUUGAUGCAACAGUCUACACCGCGUUCCCAACAUUUGGUGAAUCCGGUGCAUGUGCUGUCGUCUCCUACGGUGCUGCACCCGAGUCAGCAGCCUCCACCGCAACCGCCACCCCCGCCUCCACCUCCACCCCCUCCGCCGCAACAUGCCCCUCAGAGUCAAUCCCAACCACAACCCCAACCACAGAUGUCUCGUGCAUCUCCUCAACUUCUGCAACAACUUCAACACCAUCAGAUACAGUUCCAGCAGCUGCAACAGCAACAACAACAACAGUUGCAACAACAGCAACAGUUACAGCAUCAGUUGCAACAACAACAGCAGCAGCAACAUCAAACACAUCAGCAACACUUGCAAUCUCAACAAAUCCAACACCAGCAACAAGUUAUGCAAACUGCAUACAUAAACCAAGCUGGAACUCCCACUCGUCCUCCACCACAGCGGCUGUUAAACCAGUCACUGAGUAACAACGGUGUCACAUUAGUACGGACACCAGUAAGGACAAUGCGGCCUCGAAGACCGGUAGUCAGAAACGCCAUUAGCCCCGCCUCGCCCUUGCAAGUGCCAGCCCGCCUUUUGAAUCCACAAAUAUUACAGCAGAGCUCCAGUGGGUCCAGUCCAGUGGGAGCCACAGUGCGGGCAACAAUGAGCACUGUCCCUGCGCGAGUCAGAACUCCGAGACCAGCUUCACCCCGGGUGCUAAAUACCCACGCGGGACACACACAGCACAGACCCCCUAGACCACGCACUCCAUUGCUGCAGCAGCAACAACAACAGCAGCAGCAACAACAUCAAUUAGCGCAACAUCUUCUCGGGCAACAAGUUCAACAACAACAAUUAAAUCAACUCAAACUGUCACAACAGCAACAACAAAUAAUAAUCAACCAAAAUCAUGGUCAGCAGGCCCGUAUAAUAACUCCACAGGGGACAAUAGUCACACAGUGUUUGAACCAAUCGCCGCUGCAAUCGCACCAAAACAAUGGAUCUCUAACAAAUGUUCCUCAACCACAACAAUUACAACAAAUUAAGAAAGUGGUCGUUACGCCCAACAACGCGAACGAAAUGGACGAUCUCGAAGAAAGUAUAACCGCGGCAAUAGUUCAAAAGAAUAUUGCUAAUGACAAUAUAAACACGCAAUUUCAAACUUCACCAAUGAGACAAUCCACGAGCGUGUCCCAACCGGUGAGCAGUCAUCAGAUAAACUAUCCCCAACACAGCUUUCAACAGGACAACGUGUUGCGAAUCUAUGAAAGUCCCCACGUGCAACAUGUGCAUCAACAUCAGGUGAUGAUGGAGCAAGACACCUCUGAUCCUGAAGAGAGGCAGUUGGUCACCCUGUCGAGUGGUCAUAGAAUUACAAUCGCGGAAUAUAGGCGCUUGCAAUCGUCGCGGGUGUUGUCACAGCAACAUCUACAUCAACAACAGUUGCAACAACAACAGCCGAGGGAAACGGCAAGACAAACGCUAGUUAAAAGUAAAGAGCAACAGAGGCCGGUGCAAAGAGUACAUCCGAUGCAAACUCAGCCACCGACGCCUAUAUCAGAAAACAACGAAGCUGUAAGUGGACCGUCAGAGCAAACGGCGGAACCUCAGUCGGCGAAAAUGUUGAUAUUCCUGCAAAAUGGUGAACAAAGGCUCAUCACCUUCACGCUGCCUAAGGAGAGCUGUACACUGCAGGAAGUGUUGGAACAGGUGAAUGUUCCAUUUACAGAAGACACUCAUAUACAGUGUAUGCAGAAUACGUCUAGCGAAAUUGACUAUUUUGUGUCAGUAGGAUCUACAACGAGGAUAGAAGAAAUGCUAGAGAAUCAUCCAAUGUUAGUUGGUGAUAUAGCCAGUAGAAGUUCCCCCAGUGUCGGUCCGCAAUCUCAAAGCAGUGAAAUGUCUACACCAGAAAAACCACCUUGUCCGGAGAGCACAAGUAGCAGUCCCGAAUCUCCAAAAUCUCCACCACCAAGAUUUGUUGAUGGAAAAUUGGCUGUUUGUAAAUCUUGUGGAUACUCUGGCUUCGACUUCAAUCGAUGUCAAAGAUGUAAGCGUGUUUUCACUGAAGAACCCAAAAGUGUGUCAAUACCAAACAAAAAUGUGGAACAGAAGAAGAAGGAAGGGGAAAAGUCUUCAUUAGAAAAGCAAAUACCUUGUGAUGGCAUAAAGAUAAAUCUGCUGAAGCAAACCGUCAAGAACCUUAACAAUAAAACCGUUGUUCAAGAAAAAGGAAAACCGAACCGUGUCAGAAAACCCAGGGGAAAGCAGCCCGACCCUGAACCAGUUAUAUUGACUUUAAGUUCUGAUGAAGAGGAUUCCAAUAGUUCCAUGUUGAGUAAUCAGAUGGAACAGAACUUACAUAGUAAAGAGCCAUCUCUGCUGGAAAUAGAAGGUGGAACUCUAGAUAGCGGUAUUGGCUGCGAUCUUGUUGAUGAAAGCAGAGAAGAGAUCAGUCAAAAUAUGGUCAAUAUAGUUACAUCUUUCAAAUGUCGAACAAUCAGAAUUGGAUCAUAUAGAUAUACGCCCAAAGAAAAGAUUUUUAUAUCACCAAGAGGUAUCAAAAUUAUUGCCCCAUCAUUAAAAAAUGAAUCUAAAGAAGUUGCUCUUCAAAUACAAAUAAAGGAUAUAGUGAGGAUUUUAGUUCAUUUUGGAAAGGGGUUACCUGUAAUUUUCUUAUAUACAACUAGCAAAUGUGGUGGAUAUAUAAGAAAAUCUUUAGAAAUGGUUGAUGAACUAGGUCCAUAUUACAAUCCUUCUGCUAAAGUUGAUGCUUAUAAGAGGAUUACAUUAUUGCCAGAUGUAAUUAGUGAUGAAUUAAAAACUUCUUUUCAAACAUUAUAUGGGUCAGUCCUGGUUGACUUGACCACUAAAGAGGCAAAUGAAAUCCUUGUGCGAACUUGCCCAAAAGAAACCAGUAUAUGUAAAGUGACAACUAGAUCUGCAAGUGCUUCCAGUAAUACAGGAGUUAAAAGUGUAAAUACAGCUGAACAAAUCAGGCAAAUAUUAAUUUACCCACCAGGAAAAGGGGGAAUUCCAAUAAAUACAGAAGAUUAUAUGUGUCUAGCACAAGAUCAGUUUUUAAACGAUGUUAUUAUUGAUUUUUAUUUAAAAUACUUAGUUCAUGAUACUUUAACAAUCAGUCAGAGAGAAAAGACUCAUAUAUUUAGCACAUUUUUUUAUAAGAGAUUAACAACAAAGCCAAGUAAAGUGAAUAAAAGUUCAAACCCCCUCGAGUGGGAUAAUAGUUUAACACCAGCUCAGAAACGGCAUGCAAGAGUCAAGACAUGGACAAAGAAUGUGAAUAUCUUUGACAAAGACUUUAUAGUAGUUCCUAUUAAUGAAAAUUGCCAUUGGUUUGUGGCUAUCAUAUGUUUUCCUAGCUUAGAGGGCUGUCGUAGUAUGAUUGAUAAUAGAAUUGUAAUUCCACAAGCAACAAAAAGAAAAGAACGAAAAUCAUCAAUGCAAAUAGGUAACACAACAAUCACUCCUUUAUCAAAACAGGAACAGCUCACAUUAAAUUGUGAUUCUGAUAAUUUAAGUGAACGGGACGAAGCUGAGGCGGAGGAAAGUGACUUGGACAUGCAAUGUGAUUCCGAAGAAGAUGAAACAGAAAAACCAGUAGAGAAGAAACCAGAAGUACCUGUUGUUAGAAAAAAUGAACCCAUUAAACAACCCUGCAUUCUUAUUUUUGACUCACUUGCUGGUGCUUCCCGAUCAAGAGUUGUGGCUACAUUGCGGGACUACCUCACUUGUGAAUACCAAACUAAAAUAUCUAAAAACAAAGUGUUCAACAAAGAUAAUAUAAAAGGCAGUUGCCCAAAAAUUCCCCAACAGAAUAAUUUUACCGACUGUGGCCUUUAUUUACUACAAUAUGUUGAACAAUUUUUUAAGGACCCAGUGCUGGACUAUAGUUUGCCAAUAAAACAACUAGGAAAUUGGUUUGAUGAAAUUGUUGUUACCAGGAAACGUGAAGAAAUCUCGAAUUUAUUGAAAUCCCUUAUGAAUACAUAUAAUCCAGAUUCGCAUUUAAAUCUACCUGAUAUCACAUUCCCUACAUUGAAUGGAAAGUUAAUUGAAACUGAAGAACAUGCAGAUGAUGGUUCAGGCAGUGAAAAAAGCAGUUCAAGUAAAGAGCAAAAAUGUGAUGUAAGAAGCAGUGAUGGGGCCACUAUUACCUUUGUGAAACAGAUGGCAACAGGCGAUAUCCUUGUGAAGAGAAAUUUUGCAGAUUCAACUGAAACCUUACAUUUACGAAAAGCUAUAAGACUUUCAAGUGACUCUGAAAAUAGAUCUGUGAUGCCUUUUAAACAGAAUUUAAUUAAGAAAGGAGACCAUGACAACCAAGUAUUAAUACUUCACUCUGGUGAUUUAGUGAAAGACAUUCAAAAUACGUUAAUAGUGAAUAAAAAAACAGUGGCUGAUAAAAAGCAUGGUGUACAUAAUCAAAAUGUUUCAGUGAACUGUGUGCGACAAAGUGUUAGUGAUAGUGACAACUCAUUUCACAAAACAAGAAGAAUAAAUAAACUUGAGGAUGUAAUGCAUGACUCUGUUAAGAAGUUUAAGAAGAAUGAAUGUUGAAUACACAUUGUCCAACCAAUGUAUUAAAUUAUUGUUAAUUUAAUAAUUUGUAUAGAACCUAAUUGUUUGACUUUUGUAAAUAUUAGUUAACACUAUUUACUUAGUAUUAGAUGAUGUAUACUUAUGUUUUUAUAUAUAGGGUUUUGACCCUAUUGCCUUUUAUUUGAGAAAGAACUAUAGUUAUUAUCUCAAUUUACGUAAUAAAUUGGCAUCACAUGUUUGUGAUAAAUAGACAUAAAUUUCAUUUGUGUUGUGUUAUGUGUUAAGUAUUGAAUACUGUAUCACCAAUGAUUUUUAAAAAUUAUGGAAUUAUUUAAUGGAUAUUUAAACUGACUGUUACAUAAACAUUAAUUAACAUUCACUGCAGUGGCAAAUGACACAUUAUUUUUCAAAUUAUAAAUUAAUUUAGGCCCAGAAAAUUUUACUUUGGUUCCUGUUUGGUAGUGAAAUGAAAACAUGUGAUAAAUUCCAAUAGAAAAUUGUAUCAAUAUCUGAUUUUCCAUUAGUUAUUACAUAAAUACUAUGGAUACACUUUACUAUUGGAAUAAACUAAAUUGUGAACAAUCAAAUCUAGAGAAAAGCAGUUCUUUCUUAAUUAAAAGUAGUAAAAUGAUACUAUCAAUAUAAUAACUGUAAAAAGCUACACUGAACAUAUUACAAUUUAAAUUUAGAAAUUUGUCUGUUUUUCUUAAUGCCUUUAUCUACACUACCUAUGGUCACAAUUUUUUAUUGUUUUAUGAAACCCAGCAAUGCAUUACAUUUCACACAUGCGAAGUUUGUAAAGU